AUGGCCGGGGAAGGGUCCAAACGCAAGAGAGUCUCCUUGGUAGAGAAACCCACAAAGCGAAGACGGUCGUCUGGAAGUGACGAAAAUGACGACGCAAGCAGCAAAAUCCUCCUGAUGGAACAAGGAAUCCUCGAAUCAAGGAAAAACUACAACGACAUCACACUCUUGCUCCGAAGCGCCGAGGAUGAAAGCGAGGAAUCUAUGGUGGCGACUGUAGCGCUCUGCCGUAUCUUUGUGCGGCUUCUGGCUCAAGGCUCUCUGAUCUUUAAAAAGUCUCAGUCUGAGAGGGAGGGAGUUGUUGUUGGCUGGUUGAGGGAUCAGUUGACGCAAUACAAAUCUGUGCUGCUGAAUCUGAUGACGGAUGAGGACCUUGCCGUGACGGCGCUGACCCUCUGCAUGAGGAUACUCAAGGCUGAGGGCGAGCACCUCUCCGACAAGGACGCCUAUUCGUUCCCCACGGCCUUUAUCGAAAAUAUUGUUCGAGCCAUCAUCGCGUCUGACAAUGAAGGCGUAAGGAGCGCAUUUAUUGAAGAGUAUGCAGAGCAGUACGACGACAUACGAUACUUUACAUUCAAAUCUAUCAAGCCCGCUAUGCAAAGCAUUGCAAAUGAAGACGGUGCCCUUUUUGUCCGAGUCUUCUCCCUCAUCUCCGCGUUAGAUGGCGUGCCCGAAACGGCUGAAGAACUCGAAGACUUUUACGUGCCCCGACCGAAGUUGAAGUCACACCCUCUGCGGUCGGUUGUUCAACACAAGAAACAGGGACAAGCAGCCUGGUUGGCAUUAAUGGGUGCUGCGGAUGCAAAGGAGCACCAAAAGCGCAUACUAGACGUUAUUUCCACCAUCAUUGCACCGUGGUUCACGAAACCUGAGCUGCUCGCCGACUUUCUUACGAGCUGCUAUCACGCCGGCGGUUCCAUGUCCCUGCUGGCGCUGUCCGGCGUCUUCUAUCUGAUACAAGAGCGCAACCUCGACUACCCGUCCUUCUACCCGAAACUGUACUCGCUCAUGGAUCGCGACGUCCUGCAUUCCAAGCAUCGGUCUCGCUUCUUCCGACUGCUAGAUACCUUCUUGGCGUCGACUCAUUUACCUGCCAGUCUCGUCGCUAGUUUCCUCAAGCGUCUUUCACGACUCGCGCUCAACGCCCCCCCAAGCGCGAUUGCGUUUGCCAUCCCAUGGAUGUACAACCUCCUCAAGCGCCAUCCUACUUGCACCUUUAUGCUUCACCGGACGACACGCGAUCCCGAAGAGAGGAAGGCGAUGCAAGAAAACGGGUUUGAGGAUCCAUUUUUGCCAGACGAAGCAGAUCCCAUGGAGACCAAGGCUAUCGACAGCUGCCUCUGGGAGCUUGUGCAGCUGCAGUCGCACUACCAUCCCAACGUCGCGACGAUUGCAAAGAUUGUAUCCGAGCAGUUCACCAAGCAGUCGUACAACAUGGAAGACUUUCUGGACCACUCUUAUGCCACGCUCUUGGAUGCAGAGCUGGAUAGGGAGGUCAAGAAGGCGCCCGUUGUCGAAUUCCAUAUUCCCAAGAAGGUCUUUAUGCCUCAGGGGGAUCCGGCUGCAGCUCCGGACAGCCUAAUGGUCAGGCUGUGGGAUUUUGGAGCGGCCACGGCGGUGGUAUGA